UUACACUCCACACCCUAACUGCCUCUACGUUCUAAAUUCACAGAAACCCCGUUAUUCAGCUCCACAAAAUCCUCCUUUUUAACUUCUUAUAUUCCUUUUUACUUUGAUCUCUCUGAAUUUUCGUUCUUCUUCAAACUUAAUACUCAUCUCUCUGUAAAAUCAAUAUGGCUAACGCAGCAUCUGGGAUGGCAGUGCAUGAUGACUGCAAAUUAACGUUGUUGGAGCUGAAAACAAAAAGAACUCACCGAUUUAUUGUUUUCAAGAUAGAAGAGAAGCAAAAGCAGGUUGUGGUUGAAAAAGUUGGUGAGCCAACUCAAAGCUAUGAGGACUUUGCUGAAAGUCUUCCUGCUGAUGAAUGCAGAUAUGCUGUCUACGAUUUUGACUUCGUAACUGAGGAAAAUUGCCAAAAAAGCAGGAUCUUUUUCAUCGCGUGGUCCCCUGACACAGCAAGAGUGAGAAGCAAGAUGAUCUAUGCCAGUUCAAAGGACAGAUUCAAGAGAGAGCUUGACGGAAUUCAGAUUGAGUUGCAGGCUACUGAUCCAACUGAAAUGGGACUUGAUGUAAUUAAAAGUCGUGCAAACUAGAUUGUUCAAUAUUGCAAAUAGCUUACUUUGGAGCCCCGACUAAUUUUGUAUCUAAGUCAAGUAAUACCAUUUGGGUAAGGUACUAGCAACUAUGCUGAAAGGAACUUUACCAAGCAGCAACUUUAUUCUGCUUACAAUGAUUUGGGCUGAUCUCCAUGUCAAAGGACAUGCUAGUUGCUCUCUGUAGCAGGCAAAAAGAGUAUUUUGAGAAGGCUGCAGACAAUUGAGAGGCUGGUGGAUUCUACAACCACAGAAUAAUGCACUUAAAGGAAUUGGGGGUGAAGAGGGAUAUGUGAAAAUAGCGUCCAAAUACUUCAUAACAGCUUUUGAUGCUGGUCAACCAAAAGCAUUUUAUCAACUGACAAAAAGGUUUACAUGCUGGUGUAGGUCUUAAGAAGAAUGUUCCACUGGUGACGACGAUUAAGGGUUCGUUGGAUAGAAUGUAUUAGAAAAAUUAAUAAAUAUGUUAGCUUUGUGUAUUGGUAGUACUUUAAAAUAUUACAUACUCGUAAUAUGCAUUAUAAUAUUACCAGAGGGAGAUGUAUCAAAUACAAUCCCAACCAAUUACUUGUAUUAGAUUGUAUCCAUGAUUGUUUUUUCAA